AUGUUUUCAUAAGCUUUCAGAAGAGGUCAAUAACCUUAAUAAUAGUAACCAUAACCAUUAGGCAUUUCAUUCCAUAAGUAAGAAACUUAACUUAUUUAGUUAAUUGUAGGCUCAAUAAACAAAAUCCUUCUCUCAAACAUAAUAUGAGAAAGAGAAUAUAAGCUAAUUUCUUGGUUCAACAAAAAGAUAAAAUUUAAAUGAAUCCUUCUAUUAAGAAUAAUAAGUACCCCAAAUAUCAGAAGUUUAUAGAAUAUUGGAAUAGUUGUAAUAAAUGAUGGUAGUAAAAUUCAAUGACUUUCAAAAUGUAAUUAACGAACAAGAAAAAGCCAUUAGACCUUUAAUUGACUAGAAUACUUAAUUAAAUAACUAAUUAACUAAUGUUCUUUAACAAAGUGAGAAAAUACUUUCAUAACUCACAACCAAUCUUGAAAAGAGUGAAUAGAUCAAUAAAAGGAAUCUAAAGAAAAAAAGUAACGAAGGUUCAGAGAAUGAUUUAGGAGCAGUUUAAUUAUUACUAAAAACAUUAGAUGAUAGAUUAAAUAAUUUAUCUAAUGAAGUAGAAUUGAUUGCAGAAACUAACAAUAGAUUUUAAGUUCAUGUGAUGGAAAUUGUAAACAUAGAUAAAAUAGAGCAUCGUGAAAAUAUGUAAAGAGUAUUACAAGAGAUGGAUAAAGCAAAAAGAUCAUUAUCGAAAAAAAUAAAACGUUGA